UGGUGUGGCCGAAUCGGUUUCGGUUUGUCUCCCUUCACGCUGUACCAAGUUCACCUGACAGGAUAGGCAGGGAGCGUAAGCCAGUGAAUUGCGGCCUUACGACGAAGAGCGGAGGGCCCUACCGUGUGUGUGUGUGUGUGCGUGUGUGUGUGUGUGUGUGUGGGCGGGGUGAUUACUACAACGUAAUACAAAGGACUGGACAAGGGCUGCGCUGCACAAUGAAUUAUACUACGCAUCUCGGCACGACACAAGUGAAUAUUCCCGCCCGGAGGAUGAGGAGCGCGAGGCGAGAGAGCAGCAAGGACCCGGAGACUCGCCCUCGCCUCGCCAGUUUGGAAAGAAGAGGACAAACAUGCUGGAAAGAAGGAAACGAUGCGCCAUUACGUGCGUUGGGGCGUCGCGGUGAACUGUGAGACAAAGGAGCGGAGUGUCAACAUCAUCACGUACUUGGAAAGGCGAGGCGAGGCUGAGAUUUAGUAACAUGGUGGCGAAGGAGACAGUGCCGGAUGUUACCAACUUUUCCUGCUGGAGUUCAGUGUUCCAGCACCCCGUCACGCCCUCCGCCGCCGACGUGGUGAAGGCGGUGUGCUCGUCCCUCCUCGGUCUCCUGGUGAUUGUCGUCAACAGCAUUUUCAUCUUCGCAGUGAACGGGAAGAGACACGCCAGACACUUAUCCUUCCAGCCUCGGUAUCUCCUAACUUCCCUUGGGGUGUGUGACCUCGCGAAGGGUCUGGUGGUGGUGCCCUUGAGCGUAUACCCGAGCCUGUACCACUGCUGGCCCUACCCGCCCCUGCUGUGCGCCGGACAAGCCCUGCUGUUGCCUCUGCUUCAUCACCAGGCCGCUGUUACUCUCUCCCUGCUGGCGCUAGACAGAUACUGGUGUCUGCUGCACCCGGCCAAAUACAGCAGCCAUGCCUCCAGACCCAUGUGCGUGGUGGUGGUGGUGGUGUCUUGGGUGGCGUGUGCUGGUCUGCAUGCCGCGGUGUACCUACCCACGCCUCACUUCUACUUCAACCACAUCUCCAGCCACACGUGCGAGCCCUACCACACCCUGAACGCCAAGGUGAUCAUGCUGGCCUGCACUGUCUACUUCCCCACGACUAUGGUGACCAUGUACUGCUUCGGGACUGUGUUUCAUAUGGCCCGCUCCUCCUCCCUGCAGCGUCUGGUCUCCGCCACCGUCACUACCCCUGAAAUCCUCGGUGGUGCUGUGAUGGAGAAAGUGAUGCUGGCUGAGCGACGGGAAAGCAUGAGGAGCUGUCGGGUGAUGGCGGUUGUGUCUCUUUCCUUCAUCAUCACCAUCACACCCUGGACACUGCGGCAGAUCAUCGCGGCCUGCACCAACUCCAGGAUCCCUGGGGGACUGGAGUACGGGGUGUGGGUGGUGAGCGUGGCGGGGGGCGUGGUCGUCAUCUUCAUCUUCUGGCUGCUGUCCGCGCCGCUCCGCCAGUCCACGGAGGAGACGCUGCACAACAGGGUGUGUUGUGGGAAUGUUUACUACAGCGACCAGGACGACAUCAGCCUGGCGCAGGUCCCCGUGCAGCCCAGCGGCCCCUGCAAGGCCACCACGCACAACUAUAACGGAGGCCACGCCGGCACCUGUCCCGCCGCCCGUGCCGCUCACAGUUGCAAUGUGACCCCCCGCCACCUAGCCAACGGGCGCCCCCCUGCCCCGCCCAUGGACCCCGCCGCCAUGGACCUGGAGGCCGUGGGGGAAAAGUACUGGGGGGAGAUUCUGGAGAGAACCGUGUCCUCCUCGUCACUUCACAACUUACAGAGGAUUUACCGGAACGGGUCCGGACCCCUGACGGACCUCCGCAACUUCAGCAGCUCGACAGCGCUUCCAGACCUGCGGCCCGGUCCGGUGCCCGCCGCCUGGCGCCUCUGAGCCGGGUGCGAGGCGCCGCCCUGUGACGCCCGCCUCUACCAGAACGCCCACGUCAAUGUAGAAUCGCAAUAUUUCUAGGCAUGAAAAUCAGACACCUUGUGGAACGUGUCGCAGAAAUGCGAUGGAAUUAAAAUCAGUAUUACGGCACUCACGGCCUGGACAGAUGAAAGAUGCUAUUCUCGAUGCAAAUAUUUUUAUACCAUAAUAUGAGAUGAAUACCUAGAGAUUUGUAUGUCGCGCACAAAAGCGUAGAGUAUAACACAGCAGCCCGCGUCCCCCAUGGCCGGGCCGCGCGUCUGGGGGCGGGGGCGGGACCCCCGACCAGAUAGUAGGCCACUCAUGCCAAUGAUAAUAACAAUGCAAUUAUAUAUAUAUAUAUAUAUAUAUAUAUAUAUAUAUAUAUAUAUAUAUAUAUAUAUAUAUAUAUAUAUAUAUAUAUAUAUAUAUAUAUAUAUAUAUAUAUAUAUAUAUAUUAUACACGAUUCCAGAAUUCGCCAAUAGAAAAUAGUAACUAUUUUUGGCAGUUGUACGUGCCAAAACAAUUUAAUUUCACUAAAAGUUUUCUUUGUGAGGGGCGGUGCGCGGCGGUGCAGUACCGGGCGCGGGUCACCACGCCCCCACCGCCCCCAAGGACAGGUGGGUCGUGGACCUGUUGCCUGGCGACCUGCGCGUCGGACACCUUCACUCUGCCUAACUUAGGAUAGCGCGACGCCAACACCUAAAUUGUAGUGUGAACUGAGAGGAACCGCCACGCUUCAGCAGCACAGCUUACCCGCCCAGCACCGAGGAGGUGUGUGUGUGUGUGUGUGUGUGUGUGUGUGUGUGUGUGUGUGUGUGUGUGUGUGUGUGUGUGUGUGUGUGUGCACAUGAUGUAGGUGUGCCGAAUGGAAAUAAGCAACGACUGGCCGGGGUAGCAAACUGGUGCCUGUGGGCGGCGCCGCGGUGUCGUGUUGGCCCGCGGCUGCUCGGGACAGGACAGCUUGCUGGAGCACUCGUAUAUUAUUUUUCCAUUAUGGCUAAGGACACGUAGCAUUAUGAUUUAGAGGAGAGCUAGGCUGCCGUAGUGUUCUAAGAUUACUGUACAUAACUAAUUCCGCUGCUCAACCACCCGAUGGAAACAAACAGUAAGCUUUUCUCCGCGACGUGUAUGGAUCAUGAGUGAGCUUAGUAUAAGUUGACGGCUCGUCUCACUCAGUGGCAGUUUAUUAUUAUGUACAGAAAGAUUCCCAUAUAUAGCUGAUAUAUAUAUAUAACUCAUAUUUACAACUCUGUGUUUAUUUAUCUCUUAGGAAUAUCCACAUUUUAACUAUUGUUCAGACUGACUACAGUGUUACCGCGCAGCUUGCCGCCCUGACGACGUAGUGGAGUGUUGAGUCCUUUUCUAAUAUUUAUAUAACAGUUACUAGAAGCUAAAACUAAGUAUUCAUAUUAUUAGUGUAAAUUGCGAGAGAGCGUUGAACUGGAGUCGUGUUACAUGCUUCUCUCUUCACCUGACAAAAUGAGCAAGAAUGAAGGAGCAUAGUGAGUGUGCAAGCCUCUUCAAAUAUCUCAAGAUGGUGUGUUGCUUAACAAACAGGACUACCUAAACAUCACCAAGAAGUAUCUGGAGGAUCUGCUGCCCUUCCUGCUUCACCUUCACCACCUGGACAGCCCACGAAUUCCUUCAGUUAUAAAUCACCGCCUUAUGAUCGGAGUGAGUCUUGUGGCAUCUCAUAGAAAACGCGGCGAGUCGGGGCGGUGGGUUGCCAGCUGCUGCUGUCCUGCCUCUCACUCCCGCGCAGGCAAUCACGAGGCAAGGGUUUAAAGGCAACUGUGUCUUGUCAUCCUUGUCAAGAGGCGUCUGGGCACUCACGGUCCACUAGUCAACUUGCUUGUAAUAAUCAGCCAUAUGCAAGUAUUUUGUAAUAUGGACAUUAACUAGGUGAAUAGUUACUUCAUUACAAAAUCCUGAAUCGAG